AUGCUUCGUGCUUCUUACCCUCACACCAUGAAGACGGAAGACUCCUCUCGCAAGUGUCUUCGCUUCAUCACUUCGAUCAUCUACAUUCUUGUUAUACUUGUUGUCGUCGCUGCUUCUCUGUGGAGCUGUUAUCUGACUUGGACUCUCAUCGACGAUUCCCUCUAUGCCGCGCUGUCUCCGCAAGAGUUAACUCGGCUUGCUCACUCGCAAGGAGUGAAUCUUUUCAUACCAGUGAACCCCCUAGGGGUGACGAAAAUCGUCGUUAUUUGCAUGGCGGCCGUCGCUUGUGCUGCUGGUUUCAUCGGAGGUGUACAGCAUCUGUCGGCUACUAUCAGGGAAACGAAUCCGUACAAAUGUAUCCUCCCGGGGCUGUAUCUUCUUUUCCUCCUCUUCCUGGUGGUAGCCGGCGUCCUCGUCGCUGGAGCAUGCUUUGGCAUUUCACACCUAAGCAAAGCUGUGGAUGAGCAGAUCGAUCAUCAGCUCGUGAAGGCGAGCGAGGAGACAGGAGGUCUCAUAUCACCAAAUCUCAAAGAAGAUGUCGCCAAGUUCAUAACCCCGCUAGUGGCCUUUUACGAUACCUUUAAAUGCACUACGACUGAGAAGGUGGACUGUUGGUCCGCUGAGGUUGGGAAAAUCACAUGUUCGCCAGCAGCAAGUGCUCGUGCUGUGGCGGCAGCGAAUGAGGUUUGUUCACUCCCUCCUCGUCUCGAUCGUCACUUCUCUGCUAGCUCGAAUCAAUGCUCUAAUUGUUUCACCGCUCAUGGACAUACACAGGCUGCGCAGAUCAUUCGAGCCUCUUCUGAUGUACAGAAGUUCUGUAUUUUCCCGUUCACUCAACUGAGAGAUGCAACAGUAUCUCGACUUCGUCUCAUGGAUCGGGGCUUCUUGUGUUCUCAACUAGUUUACACCAGCGUGAACGCACAGAAAUCUAUAGUGACUCAAGUGAAUGCCCAACAGUUGAUGGACUUGGCAGAUAGUUUAGGCGUAGCGAUAUUCUUACCAAUCAACCCAGUACGAGCAUCUUGGAUUGUAGCUAUCAUAGUUGGAGUUAUGAUACCGCUUUCAGCUGUCCUUGGUAUCGUUUACCACUGCAGCUCGACCAUUAGGAAACGUAAACUAUGGAGGUACACUGUUGGUGGGACCUUUUUCGGGCUUCUGCUGUUGACGUUCGUCGGAGCACUCCUUGUGGGAGGCACUGGCAUUGGUAUGUCGAUUAUUGGUAAACUCAGUCUGAACGGGAUAAAAGAAGUGGUUAAUAAAUAUCCAGAGGUUGCGCUUUCGCUCAUUACGUUGGCGAUACUUCGGGAUUAUUCGAUCACCAUACCCGUCGGCGAGCUUCAGCAGACCGUUGAAAGAUUCACCGAUGCUAGCUGCACAGCUCUUCCGAAGGAUAUUUCCUGCUCGAGACCUUUUAUCGACAAAGUACAGUGUACGGAAGUCUACAAUGUUGAUGAUGCGAUCUUCUCGGACGUCGUCACAUCGGUUUGCUCUGCUGUACCUUCAGUAGAAGGUUUUGCAUUACAACAGCGGAACUGUGUAGCUUGCCUCGACCUUAUUGGAACUUCACAAGCAUCCAAUGUCAUCUGUGCGUGUACCUCCCAACUCCGAGUAUGGUUGCAAGCUAUUUCGGAAAAGGAUCAGCGUCGAUGGAUGAUAAUCGGCGUUCAAAACGCCGUUAUUUCUGGAGUUGCUUUAAUAACCUUGCUUUGGUGGAUAAUCUGGCAAGUUCGCCAUCGUCGAGGCAAUCACGACGUCGCAUGGCGUCGCAAGCUUAGUGCUGCUGACUCGGCAGCACCGAACUGA